UAGUGUAAUUGUGUAUUUUGCCCCCCCCCCCCCGCAGUGCUAGCUGGGUGGGUGGUGAUGGAGGUUAGUCUGUGUUUUUAAUAGUCCUGAAUCUUCUUCCCGAUGGCAGUGGAACAAACUGAGUAUAUGUAAGGUGACAUUUAGGGGGAAUAACGAGGAAGCAACUUUUUCCAAAACCUGCCAUCACAUUCUUGUUCACAAACUUGACAAUUGGGUGUAAAAAAAAAGGAAGAUGGUCGUCGUGAUGGAGGACGACGUUAAAAAAUACAUAGAUAGAUAGAUAGAUAUAUACUUUAUUAAUCCCCAAGGGGAAAUUUGUCGAGACAGUAGCAGCAACACACAAGAAUAAAAAACAAAACACAAAAUAUAAGAAACAGGGAUGAAAGAUAUAGAAGUGUACAAGUAAGAUAAAGUAAAAUACAAAACAAAAUAUAUAUGUAAAUAUACAACACACAUGCAUACACAACACACAACAACACUGACAAAUCAAAUACAAAAAUAUUAAAUAUAGACAGAGUGCAAAAAGCAAAGUGUGUAUAUGAGUGCAGAGCAAAUGAAAUGAAGGGUUAGGGUGAUCUGGCAAGAGGUGAACUGUUGUAGAGCCUCAUAGCCGUCGGCAGGAAUGUUCUCCUGUAUCUGUCCUUGUGGCAGCGGAGCGUGAGGAGACGUCUGGAGAAAGUACUCCUCUGUCCCUGUAGGAGGUGGUGGAGAGGGUGGUCCGGGUGGAGAGGGUGGUCCGGGUUGUCCAAUAUGGACACAAGUUUCUUCAACGUCCUCCUCUCCACCACCUGUUCCAGGUGCUCCAGCUGGCAGCCGAUGAUGAAGUUGAAUGUGCCAGCGGCUCGAGUGCCGGCCACAGUGAGCGUGUGUUUGGAUGGCGUUGACCUCGUGUGUGUGUGCGUGUCCACAGGUUGCGGGGAACUGGUACCUGAUUGGGUUUGCCACCAACGCCCAGUGGUUUGUGAACCGCAGAGCCAGCAUGAAUGUGGGCGUUGCCAUUUUGACACCGACUGCCGAUGGGGACCUGGAAAUAUCCUACUCUAGUCUCAGCGCUGACGGCUCUUGUUGGAGACUGAACCACCUGGCGAAGAAGGCCGAGGUGCCUGGAAAGUUCACGUACACAAGCUGGGGGAAAGUGAACGACCUGUACAUGGUGGAGGUCAAGUACGACGAGUACACCCUGACUCACACCGUGAAGAGCAAGGACAGCAAUCCCACCGCGGUCAUCAAACUCUACAGCCGUGCCGUGGACCUCAGAGCGGAUCUGCUGGAGAAGUUCAAGCAGUUCUCCUUGAAGGCCGGCAUCCUGCCCGAGAAUAUUGCCUUCCUUCCCAAGAGUGGUGAGUUUCAUAUCAAUAGAGGAUCAAUAACCUCUGAUUAAGCGUGAUGUGUUGCACUGCUCUUACUUUGUCCCGUCCCUCCUCCCUCUUUAGCCGAGUGUCCAGCUGCUUAGCGUUCAGGGGAAUAUUCGACAUCAAUCAAGAUCAUCAGCUCCGUUUAUCUUCUCUCUCAAGAUGUUGUGUGAAUAAAAGUCUCCAAGGCAAUAAAAACAUGACGUAAAGUUUCAUUGCGCAAAACUUUUUCCUUUGAAGAAUCUCUUUUCGGACGCGAUUUGAGACGUUAGUCUGUAGUGUAACCCUCUAUUCAUCUGUGGGGGAAGACGGAGAAGCAAUGAAGGUUUCAAACAUUUAGGAAUUAUCAGCUUUGCAAAUGUCUUAAAAGUAAAAGGAAAACCUUGAGGACACAUACGAUGCCAUGCAGUCACCGGCAAAGGGACACAAGCAGGUCAAAGUGCAAGUCUACAGAGGGGUGGGGGUGUAAUGCGCAGACUGGCCUGAGGGUGGCGCCAGACUCCAGAGCCCCGAUCACGAUCACCUGAGUGAUUCUAAUGGAGGAAAUGUAUCGAUGGCUCCACCCAAGAUGUGCAUUAUUGAUCAUGGAGAAAUAACGGAAGUGCAUGGAGUGAAAACACAGGAGCUCAUACACUGUUCAGUUUGCUGUUUAUUAUGCUAUAUAACAGCGAAUGGAUUUACUUAUACAUCUUAAAUAUUAUACAUUGUGGCUUUCGGCUUAAUAUAAAUAAAUAAUAUGUGUAAUUGUUUACAGGAACAAACCCUGCGCGUCUUAAAGUGUGUAGGUCGGGACAGUCUGAGAGGAGCGCCAUGGGCAAAAACCAUUACAUCAGGAACAAAAAAAUCAAUAACAGAGUAAUACAGAGGAAACUAUUCCAUUAAUACAAGUUGCAUCAGUCAUAGCAGUGAAGAUGAGUGAAGCGGCUCCAGGUAUAGUUAUGACUGACUCACGGGGGUCACGUGCAGUGCUCCAUCGGCCUGUGCCAGAUUUUCAUGCCGUGUUUUGUUUGAUGUAAUGCUGAAUGAACAGGUUUUUAUUAAAGUGCUGAGGGGAAUUGCAUG